AUGGCAUCGCUCGGCCCGCAGAUGGCUGGGGUCAAGAGACAUGCCAAUCAUCCUGAUCGGUACGAUCAUCCACCCAUGCCUCAUCAUCUGUCCCAAGAUCCGUACCAGAAUGGCCCAGGCUACCCACCUGGUCCUUCGUAUCCUCCGCGCGGCGAUCCUGGGCGUGCACCCGUUGGCAUGCACCACCAUCGCCCACCCUCACCGCCUCCCAUGUCUCAUCGCGACCCUCGCGCCGGCAUGGGUCCACCAGGUCCCAACGGUCCUCCUCCGCCCGGCAUGAUGGGCAUGCCUCCCAACGACCGCUACGCCAUGCCACCCUACGGACCCAACCCAGGCCAGCGUCCACCAUCUCCAUCCUGGCAGAACCAGCAGAUCUACCAAGGCCCACCACCGCCUGGCGCAUCUUCACUUCCCCCUCACCUGCAUCAGCAGGGCUACAACAACGGCCCACCGCAGCAUCGUGGCUCACCGCACAUGGCUCCCCACAUGCCUUUGCCUCCACCUCACCACGGUGUUGGGCCACCGCUUCCACCUCACAAUGUCGCCGGCGGCCCUGGCAGCGCCAUCUCUGAGUCACACGCAAAGCAUCUCGCCUCACCGGCAUCUGGCAGCCGCAAGUCUCCCAAGCCCUCGGGCAAGAGCAGCCGCAAGGAUAAGAAGGACAAAGAUGCCGCAGCUGGAUCCGCAGCCAUGGCUAAGAACGCGAGCACCGACACAUCCGCAUCCAAGCGUGGCGCCGCCAAGGCUGAAAAGGCGGCUGCAGCAGCCGCUGCCGCUGCCGCUGCCAACGCGGCGAGUGGCGCUCACUCUGCUUCGAUCGCUGCCGCACAAGCCGGUCUCGACACAACGGCAGGAGGCGCAUCCGGUGCCACCGAGAGCAAGAAGGACAAGAAGCGCAAGGAGGUCAUUGACCGUAUCCACCGCAUCCAUUUCGAGACCAUCGAGAACCGCGAGAGCCUCUACCAGGAGCUCUACCACGCCCUCACUUCGUCGUACGCCACGCUCCUCUCCAACCCAGCCCGGUCAAGACACUACACGCUCGAGCUCACGCGACUCACUCUGCAGCGCGAUGCUGCGCUACGAGAGACGGCGCUGUUGCACGCGCAUCAGCUCGAAUCGGCGCGCCUUGCUUAUGAAAACGAGAAGCACAAGGUGGACGAAGAGGCGCGUCUCGCCAAGCGUGGCGCGCGGGAAAAGCUGCUUGCUGUCGUCGAGGCAACUAAGAAGCGGCUGCAAGAGGAGAAGGAGGGUGGCGACGUUGCCGUCGAUGCCUUCUUCGACAGUGCUCAACGACCUCACACGACACGCAAGCUGCGCAACAAGGCGACGGGCAAGAGAGGUGCUGGUGGUGCGGACGAGAACGACAGCGAUGCACCCGGUGCUGGUGCUCGUGGCGCCAAUGGGCACACUGGCGCGACCGGAACAGGCAUUGUCAGUGGGCUGCAGGAGCUCAUUGCGCUGUCUGGGUUCGGACGCGAAGAAGUGGGUGGUGGCGCGCGUCUUGGUCUCACCUCGGGCCUCGAUCUCGGUGGUCUGGGUUUGACGUUCGGCGGUGGCGGCGAUCUGCUAUCGGGUGCUGGCAUGGGCGACAGCAGCUAUAUGGGUGGUGGAGCGCGUAACCUCACCGUCGUCGGUGGGCCCAAUGGCACCGUAGGCGGCGUCAAAGGCGGGAGCAAGAAGAAGGGCGCUUCGAAAGCAGCUGCAGCCGCAGCCGCCGCCGCCUCGGCCGCAGCAGCACGCGAGGCCUCGUCCACGGGUAACGACGACGACGACUCGGGCAGCAGGGUGGCCGCCGCCGCCGCCGCUGCGGCAGCAGCUGCAGCAGCAGCGGCCGCAGCAGCCGUCAUGACCACCUCGGGCGGCAGGCUCCGAUGGGACGCUGGCAAAUCGCUUAAUCAGCUCACACCGGCCAAAGAUUUCGAGAUCGAGUCGGAUCUCAUCAACAUUCGCAAGACCAACGGCAAGCGUGCUCGUCGCAAGUGA